AUGAGCUGGGCGGGUUUUAAGAAGAAAUUAGAUCGCACAGGAACUAGGUUUCUGCAAACCGUUGGCUCGAUCGAAAAAACAGUUGAUAAAAGUUUCGAAGAAGAAGAACGUCGAUUUAAAAGUCUUGAGUCAAAAAGCGAGAAAUUACAUAAAGAGGCGAAAGGAUACUUAGAUUCUUUACGCGCUAUAUCUAGUGCACAAUCACGUAUAGCAGAAACUAUUGAACAUUUUUAUGAAGAUUCAACUGAUAAUUCAUUGGCCGGGAAGAAAUACAAGAAAGCUAUAGAAAGUCUUGAGCAAGAUUGUCGUGACUACUUGGACGAACCAUACCGUCAAACUGUAACUGAGCCUAUAGGUCGAUUUUGCGCUUAUUUUCCGGAUAUAAAUGAUGCCAUUAAAAAACGGGAUAAAAAACUUUUAGAUUAUGAUUCACAGCGUGCCAAAGUACGCAAACUAGUUGAUAAGCCAUCUGAUGAUGCUAAUAAACUACCAAGGGCCGAACAAGCUGCUAAUGAAGCUCGUGAGAUAUACGAAUCAUUGAAUACUCAGCUAGUUAAUGAAUUACCUAGAUUAAUAGAUAUUCGAGUACCAUAUUUUAACCCUACAUUUGAAGCAUUGGUAAAAAUACAACUCAGAUUUUGUCAAGAAAGUUAUGAAGGAUUGAAUAAUUUGCAAGAAGAAUUUUCUGAUAAUGAACAAGUUGACAAUAAAGUUGAGGCCGUUUUACAAAAAAUGAGAGAUCUAGCCAUCUGUGGAAUGGGAUAA